UGGGGACUGUUAUUAGCUGAUUGUAUAAGAGCAUGAACAUAAAACAUUUUCAAUUAAUUAGUUAUGAAUGCGAAAGUUGAGAGAAAAUUGAAAAUGUUGUACCAGGUUCUGUCUAUCACAUGCCGAACUAUAUCGGCGAUCGAUAAAGAGUGAAGUUAAUUUAGAAAGUCAUAUUUUACAUUGGAUCGCAAUAAUUUUAAUUCAAAUGUACACAGUUUCCUUUAAACCUUCAGAAUGUAGGCACAUGAAGCACAAGAUGAGUUCUAAUUCGUUGCUACCUCAACAAUCCGAACCUACUCGAUAUGCUAAUACUUAUCAAUUGGAAUCAAAAAAUCCAUUCAAUCCAGAUAAAGUAGAUAAAAUUUUAAAAAGCGUAAUGUUAGAGGCAUUCGAAAAUUUAACUUACGAUCCCGAAAUGUGUGCCAAACAAGCAAAAUGGGCGUCGCUUAUGAUUAGGAUGAAAGUUAAAGAAUUAAAUUUUGAAAGGUAUAAAAUAGUAUGUGUCGUAACAAUAGGAGAAAAAUGUCGUCAAGAUUUAUCAGUAAUGUGCAAAUUUCUUUGGGAUUGCGAAAAAGACCGUUUCGCCACAUUUACUAUCGAGAAUAACUAUGUUUUUGGAAUCGCAUACUGUUUUGGGUUGUAUUACGAAUAAAUUGAUCAAUUUGUUUAUUUAUUUGUUGCAAUGUACCUAAAAAAAAACAGUACCUACACAGUUUUAACUAAAUUUAUGGCAAUAAAGCAAAAACUUCCACCUUCCCGAAGUCACCCAUCUAAUCAUUACAAUUUAAAUAGGAACGGGAACAGUAUAGGAACACAAUGCUAUUGAAUAGACAGAAAUCAUCUUGAAAAUAAUUAAAAGGUU